AUGGCUUUCUCUUCUUUCUUUUGCCAUUCUCCAUUAGCAUUGAAGAUUGAUCAUUUGGGGCAGACUAAAAAACCUUGUGGUACAGUUGAGAAGGGGCAAAAGUUUCCUUUGCCUGUCAGAAGUAAUGGUGCUGAGCAUGAACUCUGUAACCAGAGUCAACUUAAUCAGAGAAGUAGAGUCAACUUAAUCAGAGAUUGGAGUUUCAUAGGAGGAUCAAGAAUUGUUAUGAAACCAAAAAUCAUGAGAUUGGUCCCUUUUCGGAAAGCCAGUCGUGUAUAUGCUUCAUGGUUGUCAGGAUCAGAACUUGCUAGCAGUGCCUUUACACUGGGAACAGCAGCAGUGCUCCCAUUUUACACACUCAUGGUUCUAGCUCCAAAUUCUGAAGUAACUAAGAAAUCAAUGGAAAGCAGUGUACCAUAUAUAGUGCUUGGUGCUCUGUAUGCAUAUUUAUUGUACCUUUCUUGGACCCCUGAGACAGUAGGACUUAUUUUUGCAACCAAAUACUUGCUACCAGAGCUGACUAGUAUAGGGAAAAUGUUCUCCAGUGAGAUGACUUUAGCCUCAGCCUGGAUUCACCUUUUGGUUGUUGAUCUCUUUGCUGCAAGACAUGUUUUUCUGGAUGGACUAGAGAAUCAGAUUGAGACACGGCAUUCAAUUUCUCUGUGCUUGUUCUUUUGCCCUAUUGGGGUUCUUACUCAUGUCAUCACCAAAGAAAUGACGAAGAGUGGCAGAGAAAACAAGCACGGCUUAUAG